ACAGAGGAGCAAACACUUGCAAGCCAACGAAGCAGAGCAAACGAGUGAAAAAUGGUGUCUAUGUGUCGACAGAUCCUAGGCCUGUCCCUGGCCAUUAUUGGUUUCUUGGGAGCGAUUAUUGUUUGCGCCCUUCCCAUGUGGAAGAUGUCUGCGUUCAUUGGAGCCAACAUCGUGACAGCACAGAUCAUCUGGGAGGGCUUGUGGAUGAACUGUGUGGUCCAGAGCACAGGGCAGAUGCAGUGCAAAAUCUACGACUCGCUCCUGGCUUUACCUCAGGACUUGCAGGCUGCUCGGGCGCUUGUGAUCAUCGCCAUCAUUAUCUGCAUCUUUGGGCUCGUCCUGGGGAUUGCCGGUGGAAAAUGCACAAACUUUGUUGAGAGGGAAGACAGCAAGACAAAGGUUGCUAUCGCCAGUGGUGUGAUCUUCAUCAUCGCCGGAGUGUUGGUCCUGGUCCCCGUCUGCUGGUCAACUAACACCAUCGUCAGGGAUUUCUACAAUCCCAUUCUCACAGAUGCCCAAAGGAGGGAGCUCGGGCCUUCUAUCUAUAUCGGAUUCGGUGCGGCUGCGCUGCUGAUCCUGGGAGGAGGUAUUCUGUGUAGCUCCUGCCCGCCUAAAGAGGACAACUACAAUAUCAAGUACUCUCAGCCACGGUCCACUGCCACCAGCAGAGCCUACGUCUAAAGGAGAUCCAGCACGCAAAGACUUUUUACUUACAAAGACCCUUUUUUUGUAAAACCUCUUUAUUCCCACCUGUGAAUUCUUUCCCAAGGAGAAACAAAGGAAGGACAGUGUCUGAUAUGGCGUAGUUUAUCUACUGAGAUUUUGUGCUGUGAUUCUACAGAUCACUGAAAGAGAAAGUGUGCAUUUAUAAUGUGAUGAGAGGAAUCUAACUCAGGGAAUGUCAUUUUCUGAAAUGUUAACUGUGUUUUUCAGAAAACAUAUGUUCUUAUAAUUUAUGUUUAAUAUGACAAUAUGAAUAGUUCCAUUAAUCAUUAUAGAUAACUGACUGUUAAUAAAUUACAAUGGCAAUGGUUUUAUAAAAUGUGCAUUAACCUUCUACAUUUUUUCAAACAUAAAUAAGCAUUUUUGCACAAAGAUGUCUUGAUCAGUAAAUUUGUCUUACUGUUUGUUUAUUAAAAGAAAUGUUUGUGUAAAACAAUGUAUUGAUACUGCUUUGACAUCAUUUCAUAAUAAUAGUGUGAAAAUACUGAAUAUUCUCACAUCAAAGAAACCUCUGAUGGUGACUAAAAUGUUGACAAUAUUAACAGAGAUGUUGGCAAAGACCUGUAAAACCAGUUUUUAGCAAUGCUGUCUAUAUUUUGCUGUAAAAAAAUAAUAAACAACUA